UCCUACGCUCCCCUUUCCCACUUAAUAAAUAUUCUUCCAUAUUUUGACAAAAAAAAAAUAUAAAUAUUCUUCCAUAUAUGCUCGCCAUCGUCGCCUCCACCAUCUCCCUCCCUCUCUCUCUCUCUCUUCUCUUCUGCCGGCAAGACCGCGUACGGCAUUCUUCUCGUGAGGCUCGGAGAUCGCCGGAACCGACGGACGAACCCGUCUUUCGUCUCCCUCCCUCCGUCCCCUCGGCCUCGGCGUCGCCGUCGCCGUCCCCGUCCGCUCCGAGCAGGUGCCUCCCCUUCCCCAGAGGACUGCUUGCAGCUCUGAAUCGUGAAAUUCAAGACUUUUCCGGUUGGUAUAAAGUUAACUCGAUCGGCAGAGAUGAUGUUCCUGCGGAGGAAGACCACUCAAAACCAUCCGGAAAAUGAGUCUCUGCAAAAAGAUGAAAAGGUUAGUGAGCUCAGGGCCGAACUUGGACCCCUAUCUGGACGUAGUCUGAAAUAUUGCACCGACGGAUGCCUGAGGAGGUAUUUAGUAGCUCGAAACUGGAAUGUUGAAAAGGCAAAGAAAAUGCUGGAAGAGUCGCUUAAGUGGAGGUCCACUUACAAACCUGAGGAAAUCCGCUGGCACGAAGUUGCGCAUGAGGGUGAGACUGGAAAAGUUUCUAGGGCGGACUUCCAUGAUCGAUUCGGAAGGACUGUGCUCAUCAUGAGGCCUGGAAAGCAGAACACAACAUCGGCAGAAGGAAAUAUCCGCCAUCUAGUCUAUCUGAUAGAAAAUAGCAUCCUCAACCUUGCUGAGGGUCAGGAAUCAAUGUCAUGGUUGAUUGACUUCACUGGAUGGACAUUGAGGACCCAAGUUCCUGUCAGAACUGCUCUGGAUAUCAUCAAUGUCUUACAGAGCCACUACCCUGAGAGGCUUGCGGUAGCGUUUCUGUAUAAUCCGCCUAGAAUUUUCGAGGCAUUCUGGAAGGCAGUCAAAUACUUCUUGGACCCGAAAACCUCCGAAAAGGUGAAGUUUGUCUACCCUAAAAAGAAGGACAGCGUGGAGCUGAUGCAGACUUUCUUCGACGUGGAUAACCUCCCGAGCGAAUUCGGGGGCAAGGCCACGCUGGAGUACGACCACGAGGAGUUCUCGAGAAUGAUGACCGAGGACGACGUCAAAACAGCCACAUUCUGGGGCCUCGACGAUAAACCGCACAAUCCUUCUAACGGGCACUCGGGCGUGGAGGCUUAACCCGUGCUCCUCGCAUCGCCCGCGAGUUGAUUCAACUCCUCCCGGCAGGCCGCCCAUCAUCCGUGUAAGAAACUAGGCAAAAAAACGAUGAGAUCCACCUGCUUAAUGUGAAAAUGAUGAGAUCCUUUCCUGUAACUGCAUCAGCCAUUAUUGAUUCUGUAAAACUACUCGUACUCUCUCAACAAUGGAGGACAUUCUUUAAUCGCUGCAUCACUUGAAUAGUAAGCUCCAACGUUGAAAGAU